ACACACACACAGGCAGAGGCCGGUCUGUUCAGGCUGAGCAGAGGGAAACACACUGAGGAGGAGGAGGAGGAGGAGGAGGGGACGAUAAAGAAAGAGAGGGGAGGCAGAAAGCUGCACAGGUCAGCUGAGUCCUCACUGCAACGCUCGUGUAUGAUGCGAUUGGCUGAAGAGAAGAAAUCACCUGAGGAAGACAUGAGUUUGGGGGCAGCGUGCAUUUUCCUGCGAGGAGGGAAAAACAUAUCCAGAGGACUGGCUGAUGAUGAGAUAGAAGAGCUGCGUGAUGCAUUCAAUGAGUUCGACAAAGACAAGGACGGACUGAUCAGCUGUAAGGACCUGGGGAACCUGAUGAGGACCAUGGGCUACAUGCCCACUGAGAUGGAACUGAUUGAGCUGAGCCAAAACAUCAACAUGAACCUCGGUGGCAGUGUGGACUUUGAGGACUUUGUAGAGCUGAUGGCUCCGAAGCUUCUGGCAGAAACAGCUGGGAUGAUCGGCGUGAAGGAGCUCAAAGACGCUUUUAAAGAGUUUGACAUGGACGGAGACGGAGAGAUCACCACACAGGAGCUGCGGGCGGCCAUGAUGAAGCUGAUGGGUGAGCACAUGACUCAACGAGAGAUCGACGCCAUAGUGAAAGAAGCCGAUGACAACGGAGACGGCACAGUAGACUUUGAAGAGUUCGUCAGAAUGAUGUCCCGUCAAUGACGAGCCAGGAGAACGUGGAUCUGCAGGAAAGGACGCCGUCUCCUGGUUGACAGAUUCCCCACAUUUAGAAGAAGCAGAAUAAAACAAUCAUCCUCAGAUAGAAUACUCUGUACAACUAUGCAAAUAUGGCACAUAGACCUUUUUUCUACUGUAAAAAUAUUGAGAAGUCUGUUUUUGAACAUGUAGAGCUCAAAUGCUUUUCUGUUUUUCACUUCUGCCCUUGUAACAACAAUCAACAAAAGUGCAUUUCUGUGAAAAACGAAUAAAAAAACAUGCGUCUAUGCA